CCCACUUACCCCUCCCUGUCGGCAUCGCGCGCUGUAGCAAGCAUGGUUGGACGCACACUCACCGCCCUCCCCGCGCUCCUCUGCGCGCUGACCGCCGCCGCCACCCCGACGGCGCGGCUGGCCAAGCGCGACCCGGUCCCGUCGUUCGUGCUGCAGAACGCGCCCGUCUCGCACCUGUGGUCGCAGGAGCAGUGGUGGCCGGCCGACGUCGCGGAGCAUCUCACGCACAUGGUGCCUGAGGCGGACUUUUCGGCGGUCGCGCAGGGGGUGACCCUGGAGACCGUCGGCGGCCUCGGGAGCGACGUGUUCCUAACGUCGAAGGACGAUGUGACGAAGCAGCCGGCGUGGGUCACCUCGGCGGUGGGCACGCCGGACGCGAGCGCGAAGAGCGCGGCGCCCGCGACGAUCGUGCUUGUGGAGAAGGACGGGGGCAUACUCGACGCGUUCUUCUUCUAUUUCUACUCGUUCGACCAUGGUGGAAAGGUGCUCGACAUCGAGUUCGGCGACCACGUCGGCGACUGGGAGCACAGCAUGGUGCGCUUCGUGAAUGGCGCGCCGACGACGCUGUACCUCUCCGCGCACUCUGGCGGGUCCGCAUACACGUUCGAUGUGACGGAGAAGACGAACGGGCGGCCGACGACGUACAUCGCGGGCGGCACGCACGCGAACUACGCAACUCCGGGGCAGCACUGUCACGACCUCCCGCUCAACCUGCUGUGCGACCAGACAGAUGCGGGGCCGCUUUGGGACCCGACGCUGAACUUCCGCGGGUUCUGGUUCGACAGCGCGACAAGCACGUUCAGCGUGGCAGGGGGUGCAGAUGUUGGUGGGCAGGAGGAGCCGGCGGAGGGCGCUAGCUGGCUGAACUUUGCGGGGGCGUGGGGGGACGAGCAGUAUAAGAUCCUGGAGCACGGGCAGUACUGCAUCGACAUCCCUGAUGUUGUGGAUGAGUGUAAGUUUGUGAGUGGCCCAACUGGUCCUAUCGCGAAGAACUUGGGGCGUACGGCAGUGUGCCAAAAGGAGGACAGCUGCACCAUCGAGACCUCGCUAUGAUGUCAG